AUGAUCAUCUUCGCUCCAGCUCAACUUUCACCCCUGCAAGCUCAGCUUCUCAUGAUCAUCUUCGCUCCAGCUCAACUUUCACCCCUGCAAGCUCAGCUUCUCAUGAUCAUCUUCGCUCCAGCUCAACUUUCACCCCUGCAAGCUCAGCUUCUCAUGAUCAUCUUCGCUCCAGCUCAACUUUCACCACUGCAAGCUCAGCUUCUCAUGGUCAUCUUCGCUCCAGCUCAACUUUCACCCCUGCAAGCUCAGCUUCUCAUGAUCAUCUUCGCUCCAGCUCAACUUUCACCACUGCAAGCUCAGCUUCUCAUGAUCAUCUUCGCUCCAGCUCAACUUUCACCCCUGCAAGCUCAGCUUCUCAUGAUCAUCUUCGCUCCAGCUCAACUUUCACCACUGCAAGCUCAGCUUCUCAUGAUCAUCUUCGCUCCAGCUCAACUUUCACCCCUGCAAGCUCAGCUUCUCAUGAUCAUCUUCGCUCCAGCUCAACUUUCACCCCUGCAAGCUCAGCUUCUCAUGAUCAUCUUCGCUCCAGCUCAACUUUCACCACUGCAAGCUCAGCUUCUCAUGAUCAUCUUCGCUCCAGCUCAACUUUCACCCCUGCAAGCUCAGCUUCUCAUGAUCAUCUUCGCUCCAGCUCAACUUUCACCACUGCAAGCUCAGCUUCUCAUGAUCAUCUUCGCUCCAGCUCAACUUUCACCCCUGCAAGCUCAGCUUCUCAUGAUCAUCUUCGCUCCAGCUCAACUUUCACCCCUGCAAGCUCAGCUUCUCAUGAUCAUCUUCGCUCCAGCUCAACUUUCACCACUGCAAGCUCAACUUCUCAUGAUCAUCUUCGCUCCAGCUCAACUUUCACCACUGCAAGCUCAGCUUCUCAUGAUCAUCUUCGCUCCAGCUCAACUUUCACCCCUGCAAGCUCAGCUUCUCAUGAUCAUCUUAGCUCCAGCUCAACUUUCACCUGCAAGCUCAGCUUCUCAUGAUCAUCUUCGCUCCAGCUCAACUUUCACCACUGCAAGCUCAGCUUCUCAUGAUCAUCUUCGCUCCAGCUCAACUUUCACCCCUGCAAGCUCAGCUUCUCAUGAUCAUCUUCGCUCCAGCUCAACUUUCACCCCUGCAAGCUCAGCUUCUCAUGAUCAUCUUCGCUCCAGCUCAACUUUCACCACUGCAAGCUCAGCUUCUCAUGAUCAUCUUCGCUCCAGCUCAACUUUCACCACUGCAAGCUCAGCUUCUCAUGAUCAUCUUCGCUCCAGCUCAACUUUCACCCCUGCAAGCUCAGCUUCUCAUGUUCAUCUUCACUCCAGCUCAACUUUCACCCCUGCAAGCUCAGCUUCUCAUGAUCAUCUUCGCUCCAGCUCAACUUUCACCCCUGCAAGCUCAGCUUCUCAUGAUCAUCUUCGCUCCAGCUCAACUUUCACCACUGCAAGCUCAGCUUCUCAUGAUCAUCUUCGCUCCAGCUCAACUUUCACCCCUGCAAGCUCAGCUUCUCAUGAUCAUCUUCGCUCCAGCUCAACUUUCACCCCUGCAAGCUCAGCUUCUCAUGAUCAUCUUCGCUCCAGCUCAACUUUCACCACUGCAAGCUCAGCUUCUCAUGAUCAUCUUCGCUCCAGCUCAACUUCCACCACUGCAAGUUCGUUACAGCUUUUGUCAUAUUGA